UCUUUAUCUAUUAUAAUUUAUUAAAAAUAUGUCUGAACAUCAAAUCAAACCUCUUGUAGGAAUCAAAGCAACUUCUCCUAGAGCUGAGGAAAUUAUGAGAGGAGGACAACAACCUCAUGAAGAAGCCGAACGUGUGUCUCAAACAGCAACAACAACACCAGCACCAGUACCACCACCAAAGGAGUUAUCGGGCGAUAUUAAGACGUUGAAGGAUGCAUUUCCAGACUUGGACUUGGAUGUGAUUGAAACCAUUCUUGACAGUCAAGGAGGAAAUUUAGACGGUGCUUUUGAGAUUUUGCUUGGCAUGUCCGAUCCUACUUAUAAACCUACACCAGAAGAAGCAGAAGGGCUAUCUCAGUUAAGACAAGAUGAGGAGUAUGCAAGACGUUUAGCUCGUGAGGGGGAUGCUCAUUAUCCUCAAAAUAAUCAAGAGCCUCAACAACCUCUUUUCAAUUUCCAAGAGGAAUUACCCAUUAUUAAGGAAAAGGUCAUUGAAGCAGGCACAGCUGCCAAGAAUAAGAUUAUGAACCUGUACAAUCAGUUUAUGGCUGCUGACCAACCUUCAACUUCUACCCAGAGCGGCGUUUUGGAAUCCCGCAUGGGUAAUUUAAGUCUCUCACAGAAUCAACGACCUGUCGCAACUCCCCAAAGCGUUUCCGUGGAUUUAUAUGAAUGGGAUGGCAAAGAUCAAGUGGGCCGUAAUCCAUUGUUAUCUCCCAAGAAGGAUUCAAAUACGUCCACACCUAACGACCAGUUAUUGUCAGAUGAGGAAUUUGCUAGACAAUUGGCUAGACAAGAUGAAGAAGCGAUUAAUGCUGCUCGCUCACCCCCUCCUGCCAAAGCAUCUACCAUCACACCGCCUCCUAAGCACACAGAGGAACAGUCAGAUUCAGAUAACGGAGGAGUGACCUUUUCAGCUUUAAGUGACGAUUCAUCCACGGCAAAAGAAGCCAAGGUCUCGGGUUACACCGUGCAUGACGACGAGGAUGAUUUGGACGACCUUUUUGACAAACAAGAAGAUUCUACAGGCGACUUGAAGUUAAAGGAGGAAGAAUUGAAAGCAAAAGACCUGAAAUAACUUUAACCGGUUGCUUUUUUUUUUUUUUUUUUUUUUUUUUUUUGUAAUAAAUAAUUUAACAACU